UGGUGUGCGGGUGUGUGGCUCUGCGCUCCCGCCUCCCCGGACUUGAGUUUCCCAGGCUCCACCUGUGCCGAGUCCUCUAUAGGAAAGCGAAGUGUUUGUGGAAAGCUCUUACGAGUAUGUGACCUUACAUGCACACUCGGGCAGAAAUUGUGCGGUGCUGGAAAUUCAUUUCGAUAAAUAAGUGUCAUGUUUACUACAAGCAGCAUGUGGUGACUUCUAUAACGGGUUUCCCGUGUGACGUAUCAAACAACUGGCAAUAAUAUGGUAAAAUGCACCUUAGUGAGAGAAAACUUUUUAAUAACAGAAUCUGUCUCGUGAACGCCAAGAUAACAGAGGAUAGUCGAGACAUAACAGGCAUGCAAAGAAACUAGAGAUUCUGACAUGACAUCACUCUGACCAACCCAAACGAAUGCAGUGCUUUCAAACAACCCUGUAAACUUACCGUAUCUACCAGUGCUUGCGAGUGUCUCUGUGCUUUGAAACAUGUUCUUCGCCUCCGUCCUCGCGUGAACACCCAAGAACAAGAAGAACGAAGAACACACCCUUCAGAACGUCACGCCCCGUCAGCGCCGCCAUGAACGAGGCGGUGACCUGGACCGUGCCGAUCGCCCUGGCACUCGGGGCUCUGCUGCACCACGGUUGCCGCGGCGAGGGCUGUCCUCCGCCUACUCACACCUUCAACUUCUCUGUGCUUCCCGUCGCCGACCACACCGACCAAGUGCAGGAAGUCAUGUUCAUGGGUGUGGUCGGCCCCUUCGACGAGAAACGCGUGUGCAAAAUUAAGUGCGUGGACGGCCGGUGGGUGGGUCCUCUCUGCUCCAUGCAACACGAUUCCGGUCGCUUCCAGUCCAUGUUCAGGCCGUGUCACGUUCACAACAUACCCAAACACACCGUCAUCACAUACAAGGAUCGCCAAAUCACGCCGUCGCCGGAGCUGGAGUUCCCUCACGAGUCGGUGAUCUCGGGGCGCUGCGAGGAGCCGGGCAGAUUCAAGCUCCUGGGGGACUCGAGACUCACCUGCAACAACGCUAAAUGGAAAGGACGAUUCCCUGUCUGCAUACAUACCAACCACUUCACCAACUAUUCGGAUGACGCCCCGCCUGCCCUGGAGUGGUCGGUGGCAGGCGGGCAGGGCAUGCUCGACGUCGCAGGCUCACUCGUGCUGCUCCCGGGCUCCAUCCUGCACCUGGACUGCCUGUAUCCUCGACUGCACGGGAACCCCACCUGGGCCUGGACGUCCAGCUAUCGACAGUAUCCAACAGGCUGGGCUAUAAGCAGGCUGGAGAGAGAACUACGCUACAGGCUGUCUCUUUACUACGCUAAGCCAGAUGACAGCGGAACCUUCACCUGUUCAGCCCCCACUGGUCAUGACAACUAUUUGCAUAUCCUCGUGAAAGGCGUGAGCUGCCCUCCCAUAGCAGGCGACGGCGUUCUCGAGGUACACGGAGAUAGCGUCGGGCUAGGGACAACGAUCACCUUCUCGUGCCCUCUGGGUUAUUACCUCAACGGAGCGGGACAACUCACCUGUCUGCCCUCAGGAGAGUGGUCGAGCGUCCCGCCCAGGUGCCUCGUGGUGCAGUGCCCCGUGUUGGCACCCGACGACCCUCGCCUGCAGCUGGAAGAAUCCAACACCACGUACACGGGCUCGGCGCAGUUCUCGUGCGUGCCCGGCUUCAAGCUGGUCGGGCAUCGCGUCGUCCACUGCACCGCCAAUGGCACUUGGUCCCACGAUUUGCCGUUGUGCAAAGAGGUGCUGUGUCGCGCCGUCCGGAGCCCCGAUCACGGACAGGUGACCGGCGCGACGAUCACCAGGAAGGUCGGAGAGGCCAUAACGUACACCUGCGACGCCGGAUAUGUAGUUCGUGGACACUCCCUGGCCUUCUGCACUCAGGAGGGGUCGUGGUCGCACCCGCCGCCCCAGUGCGUGGAGUCGUGCGCACACCCCGGCGAGCCCCAGCACGGCCACGUUUCGCCCCGUCGGCCCCGGUACCACAUCGGCGCCACCGUCCUGGUCACUUGCCGCCCAGGUUACCGGCCAGCUGGUCCCGACCGCCUUACCUGCCUUCACACCCGCCGCUGGUCCUCGCCCGUCACCCGCUGCGUCCCGUCCUUCGGCUGAGGGAUCCCCGCGCCCCUUUUCCCUUCUGCGACCCUGCCAGAGGAUGAAAAGCCACUAGUUCCGGGUUGCGUCUCUUUGGACAAAGGCGGCUCUGCUUCCGGGUUAUGUGUCUUUGGAUCAAAUAAACACUAAUUGCUGGUUGUGUCUCUUUGGAUGAAAGAAGCACUAGUUCCGUGUUCUGUGUCUGUGUGUCCUAAGGGCGCGAGGUGCGUGAGCCUGGCUUGGCGGAUGGCAUCAAAAUGUGGAGAUCGUGUGGUCCCUUUCCCUGAGGGUGUAGAUGCGUUUAUGAUUUUACUGUGGCGCUUCCCCUCUUUCCCUUUUCUCCCACCCUUGAUCUCCCCUCACAAUACUAUUAACGCAUCCACCAACUUUCCUUCUGCUGCCUGCUGCCCUUUGACCUCACUGCCCGUCUGGUUCCCCCUUGGAUUUUCGUCUUGUCGAGCUCUCAUAAUUCCCUCUUCAUAACUCCUCCCUUCCCAUGACUCCUCCCCUUUUAUAAGUCCUCCCUUUUCAGAAUUCCUCCUUACGCAUAACCCC